AUGGAGGGGACGGCAGCGAGUAGCACAGGCGUGCGUCGCGUGGCCAGGUUGGCGCACCACCUUCACGAGCAGCAUCUCGGCGCAGUCAUACGACUGGCACCGCAUGGGGUGGCAGCCGACGCACCAUCGACCACCAGCGUGGUCCUGGUCGAGCGGCAGGGCUCCUCGGGUGUCGUCAUUUUGGUGCGGGAGGUGAUGGCGACGCUGAAGGCGCUGGACAGGGACUCGUCGGUGCGUUGCAUCGUCCUCACCGGCAGCGACCGAGCCUUCGCUGCUGGAGCCGAUAUCAAGGAGAUGAGCACGAAGACGAUGGUCGAAAUGAGCCACCCCGACCACUUCAUCAACGUCAUCGGUCAGGCCGCCCUCCUUAAGAAGCCGCUCGUGGGCGCUGUAAACGGUUACGCGUUGGGUGGCGGCUGCGAGCUGGCCAUGAUGUGCGACAUCCUCAUCGCCGGGGAGAACGCUCAGUUCGGGCAGCCCGAGGUCAAGGUCGGGACCAUUCCGGGCAUCGGCGGAACCCAGCGCCUCACUCGCGCCAUCGGCAAGUCCAAGGCCAUGGAGAUGGUGCUCACCGGUAAGAACAUCAGCGCUGCGGAGGCCGAGCGUAUGGGCCUCGUCAGCCGCGUGGUGCCGGUCGACAAGACCCUCGCCACCGCCAUAGAAGUCGCGCAGACCAUCGCCGGUCACUCGAUGCCGAUCGUGGAGAUGGCGAAGGACUGCGUGAAUCGUGCCUACGAGAGCUCCCUGACCGAGGGAAUCAACUACGAGCGCCACCUGUUCUACGCCUCCUUUGCCACCGUACUGUGCCCCUUCCCAGAGGACCAGAAAGAGGGCAUGAAAGCGUUCGCCGAGAAGCGGAAGGCCUCGUGGCACGACAAAUAA